AUGUCCGGCUUACAGAUCCUGGCUCUCAUCAGCGGCCUCGGGGGUCUGGGGGCCACCAUCGGCGCCACGGUGUCCAACGAAUGGAAGGCCACCAGCCGGGCGUCCUCGGUCAUCACGGCCACUUGGGUGCUGCAGGGCCUGUGGAACAAUUGCGCCGGGAACGCCAUCGGCGCUCUCCACUGUAGGCCGCACCACACCAUCUUGAACCUGGACGGUUACAUCCAGGCCUGCAGGGGGCUGAUGAUUGCAGCAGUGUGUCUGGGCUUUUUUGGUACCGUCUUCGCCCUGGUGGGAAUGAAGUGUACCAAAAUAGGAGGAAGUGACAAGAGCAAAGCCAGGAUCGCGUGCUUCGCAGGUUUCAAUUUUAUCCUCAGCGGUCUGUGCUCCCUUUCAGCAUGUUCCAUCUACGCGCAUCGGAUAACCUCGGAAUUUUUCGACCCCAUGUUUGUGGCGCAGAAGUACGAGCUUGGAGCGGCGCUCUUCAUUGGCUGGGCAGGUUCUGUCCUUUGUGUUCUCGGCGGAGGUGUGCUCUGCUUCUCUGUGGCAGACUGCAAGAAAAGCGCUGUGUGUUUGUCCACCCACAGUCAUAGAGAUUAUGUCUAUAGAGGCGCUGCCUCACAUUCGCAUGUCUCCUCCUACCAAAGAGGAAGAGGACAGUCUGUGAGCCAAAGGCCGCCUCCGGACUACAGCAGCUCCUCCAGGGCCCACAACUUUGAUAAGAACGUAUACGUGUGA